AUGGCAACAGCAAGAAGCCCCGCCAAGCUGAAACAACAUCUUCUCUCCUCGUGGCGUACUCUCGGAAGACCAUAUCACUGGGCCACACGACGUUUCCGACUCUUGCUCCGGGCCGUUGGCCUAGGAAUCCUUGCCAUCGUCCGAGGCGACGAGCCUCCCAAGGUUCUCGUCUACAAAUCUCGGAGAGCGGUCGUCUUCCGCUCGGCAGUCCAUGUCCUCCCCGCGUGCGUCUCGUUGAUCCUCAUAGCACUCAAUCUCCACGGCUACUUUAUCGGGAGGGAGCUCCAGGGCUAUUCAGGUACCGAUGACGGCAAGCUGGGAGCUCUCCAGGUUGCCGCGAAGAUACAGGAGCUGCUCAUACUCGCGAGCGUAGCAGCCGUAAUACUACAUGUUCUACGCCUGAAUCUUACAUGCAAAGAAGGCGUGACACUCGGCCGGCUUGGCGUCGAUAUAAGCUUCACCCAAAUCAGCUUCUUCUGGUCCUUCGAGUUCUGGGGCGCCAUUUUGUCCCACAACACCCGACACUGGCGGCAGAACUACCUCCUCGUUGGGCUUCUUGUAUUUUCUGGACUCUUGGCUGCGCUUGCGGGUCCUUCCACGGCGGUGCUCAUGAUCUGA